UCUGUACACAGGUUUUCAGGAAGUUAGCAGGUUAUCUGGCAGCCCUGCACGAAUCUGCAUAAAAUUACUUCCAAUCUGCUGUAUUGCAGCUUGCAGUUACUCCGUUUCAGACCAAACCCGGCCUAAACUAAUGAACCAUGUGACAGAGGAACUAACGCGCGAUCAUACGAUGGCCAAUCAUGCUUGUGCUUUGUUCCGGGAUUUAUUUUUGAAUCCGAUGAGUUAAAAACCCGACAUUGUUGCAGCAGCGCUGUGGAGUAAUAUUCCCUUUUUUGUUUUAUUUUCUAGCGCUUACAAUAUAAACAUGGAUUUAGAUUACUUUUUCCGUGGAAUUAGAGGAAACGAAGAUCGUUAUCUUCAGUCACUGGAGCAGAUUUGUAGAAAGUAUUCUGCAGAAAGAGAGGAUUCAAUCAUUGUUGACUUGGAAACUAUGACCUGCCAGACACCAGAUGGUAUACUGCCUUGGGACGGUGAAGUGGUAUACAGCAAAGAGUUGAAGAGAAAGAAGAAAUUAAUUGACAAGCAAAAGAAAUGCAAGGAUGCUGUUAAUGAUGAAGAGAUGAUGGUUCAUGACUGUGACAUCAGGAUAUCUGAGGACACCAUGGACAACAGCAACUUUCUUCAGGAUCUGCACAGUGAUGAAGAGAAAACUGUUAAUGAAGAUGACAGCAUGUCUUCUGAAACUGCACACGACUGUGUUGCUAGUAACCAGGAACCAUGCGGUGUUGAGACAUCAGGUGAUGACUGCAUAAUGUUGGAAGCUAGUCAAAACCCAGCUGUGGAUGAAACUCUUGAGGGUCCAAGUGAAAUUGGUGGUGUCCUUUCAAUGGAUGUCGGGAAGCAAUACCGAGUCGAUGUUGACAUUUUGAUGCAAGAUGAGGAGGACCUGCCCGGCUAUGUUUUGGUUGACUGGGUGCAGAAAUCUCAACAAAGUCCAAACAAUUUUGAAAAUUCAAUGGGAUACCAUGGGGAAAGAAACAAAGAACAUGCCUCUUUCGUUGUCACACCUGUUAAAGUACCCAAUCGAUUGAAACCUUUGGAGGAAACAUUUGAUGUAACUAAUGUGUCUGGAUUGGAGAGCAGUAACAGUUCCUCGGAUUCUUUCCUGGCUGACCUGUAUCCAGGAAUGGUGGCUAAAAUGCAGAACAUAAUAAAGAGAGAGUUAACAGCACAUGCUGCAACUAACGUGUUAAAACAUUAUCGUAAAAACUCCUGGUAUAGCAAUUCAAAGUCUUCCUUUUCCAAGGGUCUAAUUCGGAGAAAGAAGUCUAAAAGUAAGCACAGUGAGACUGUAAUUCUACAAAAAGCUGAUCAUGCGUCCUCCUCUGAAGGCAUUGAUAUAGUUCAGUCUCCAAACCAGCUGGAUAAAGGGUCACCCUAUAGAACCAUGAUAGUAUCUUCAAAUGACACUGUAAGUUCUCCUGGGGGACAUUUCUGUCCUAGGGAUUCCUGUCUAACUAGUUCUUCAGUGGUUUUUGAAACCAGUCCCCAUGUAGUCUUCACAGGUUCUCUUGGACAUAAAUCCCUGAGUGAAACUAAGAUUGCAUCCACUCAUCGUACACCAUUAAGAGAAUCCAUUAAAGCCUGUCCAAGUUCUCUGGGACAUGAACCCCUCAAUGAAACCUUGAAUGUUUCCUCUUACCAAACAUUACCCAGAGGGAGUCCAUAUGUAACCAAUCCAUGUUCUUGUAAGUCGCCAAGUGCUUUGUCCAGUAAACCAUCAAGAGGGGAAUCCUCUGAGGCUACAGCAAGUCCAUUUAGACACGAAAUGGCCAGGAGAUCCCUUUUGUCAGCCAUGUCUAGUUCAGUUACACCAACAAGAGGCACAUCCUAUGAAGCUUUUAGAGUUGAAUCACCAAGAAGGGAGCUGCUUUCUGCCAUGGAAAGUUCUAUGACUAUUACACCAAUAAGGAGGAGAUUCUGUGAACCCAUUCAUAGCUCUCUUGGGAUAGAGUCACUCAAUGAAACCAUGAUUCUUUCCCCAAAAAAGAAAAUGUGCAAUGCCAGUGAAAGUUCUGUUCAACUUGAAUCACCAAGAAGGUGUGUUUCUGCUAUGCCAAGUUCUUUGAUGGUUACACCAACAAGAGCAAGAUCUUUUGAAACCACAUCAAGAUGGGCACUUCUUUCUGCUAAACCAAGUUCUCCUGCAAUUUCACCAAGCAGAGGAAGAGCCGUUGUAGCAAUGCAGUGUUCUGUUGGUAAUGAAUCGCUAGGAAGUGAACCUUUGUCUGUUGCAGCUAAUCCAGCAAGAGAGAGGUCUUGUGUGGCUUCACAAACAACAAACCCUGCUGCUCUGGAAAAUGUGGUGCUAAGACCAAAAGGCGCUUGCCGUUUACUUAGAAGGAGUCAUUCAUAUUCGGGAUUAAGCCAGAAAACCAGUGGAGUGAACGAAGAAUUUGAAAGCCUUUAUGAAAGGCUGUGUUCCCCAAAAGAAGGCAGUGGUUUGCUAAAGGCAGCUGGUAGAAAUGAGCGAACAUUCUCUCCCAGUUUUAGAGCUGUGAAAAGACCAAGUUCCUGUUCUCCAUGUGAAGCCUUCACUCGAGUGAAAAGAGUCUGUGGUGAAUUUGAAGCAGUCAGUUCUAUGAAGAUUUUGCCUCAAAAUGGCAAUUAUCGCAUGCAGCAAAAAAACUCGCCAAAGUCAUCCCCCAUUAGGAGCAAUGUAGGGAGUCUUCUGAGACAUCGUGUGGCAAGUGCUUGGGAUGCAAUGAAAUACAGAUCCUCAUUAAGAAAAACCCACUCCUUUUCAAGCUUACAGCAUGCUGAACUCCAAACAAACCCAUUGGAGAUUGCUCAGAUACCUAAGAAUUAUACUUGUCUAGUUGGCGGUGGACAUAAGCAGUCUCCUUUGAAAGUGAUACAAGGUAAAGAUGGUAUAAUCUUUGUAAAGAUGCAGAACCCUGUAUCACCAACGGUUCCCUCUUCUAAACUCUUCUCAAGAGCCUAUCUAGAGAGCCAUUCAUGUCUUGAAACUUCAUCAAUGUCAGAAUAAUGGAUGGAGACAAUCUACUCCAAUACAAGACCAAACGUUUUGGGCAUCCAGACUGCUGACCUAUCUCUUGUCCUGUGUGGAAAUGUGGAAUAUGCCCUCCCAACUGAUGUGGAAAGUUUGUUUUAAAUCUGUGUUUUAAAUGUUUAUACAGUACCAACAUAAAUUCUGGAAACAGCAAACGAUUAAUAGCAAGUUUAGCGGUAUUGCCAAUUUUUCCUAACUCAGCUCAGACCGCUUGUUCCUAAAUGCCUUGGAUCUCUGAAUAAAUAAUCAUCUUCUCUUUAAAAAAAUAUUUAAAAGAUUCUAAUGAGCCUUCUCAAGUAUAAUAGUACCCCAAAAUGUUCUCCUUUUUGGGGAGUUUGUUGCCGGAUAACUUCACAGACUAUUUGCUCAUUAAAUAUCUUGGUAUCCCUGAAUAGAAAAUUGUCAAGUUUUAGAAAUAAGCAAAAUAAUCCCACAAGUGUUGUGGUACCCUGAGACUGAUUGCGUGUUUUUAGUGGAGACAAGGAACUAUUUAGGGAUACCAAUAUAUUAAGUGAGGAAGUAGCCUGAGUGAGGGAGGUUAUCUGGUAACAACUCCCCAUUCUCAUCGGGAUACCAUUCUACCUGAGAUGCUUUGAGCAUUCAAAUAUUUUGCAUCUUUUUAAAGGAGAUGGUUAUCUAUUCAGGGUGACCAAUAUGUUUUGGUAAGUGUGAGAGGGGGGAAAUGGGCAAUAAAGUCAUCACUCCCCGGUUGUUUCCAUAAUUUUGUGCCAGUACAGUCAUAGUUGUCCAGGUCAACUGGAAACACUUUGUCAUUCACUGACCUGUUUGUUUAGUUAGGUUUGGUAAUGACUAGUUUGUUUCUAUAUGUUUAAACGGAUUAUUGAAAAAAAAAAAGUUGAACCAUUUAUAUGUGAGUCGAAACCACAGUGUUAAAGGUAGAAUGGAAAGGGUUUUUAUUAUUAUUAAUGUAUUUCUCACUGAGACUUGCUUUUAAAAAGUGUAGGCUCAUUAUCUGUGUGUUUCAAAUACAGUGGUAUAUAUUCCUGGUACCAAACUGCUUCCUGUAAAUCUGGUCUAAAACACAGGAAGUCAUCAGGAACAUAAUAUAGUGUGUUUAAAAAAAUAAAUAAAAAUACAACUAUAUUAAAGAGACAAACAAUCUGAGAUAUUCAGCACCUGAAAAUAGGAAAUCUGUUGGAUAGAGUUAAGUAUUCACGUAUGAUCUCCACUACACCCCAUCACUGUGGAUAAUAAAGAUGUGGAUUUUAAUUAAUUGGUUAUUAGUCACAAACCUUGUAAAUAGUAGUUUUAAUUUCACACCAAAAGAUUAAAAGAAUAUAGUGGUUAUCAAAAUGUUGUAUUUCAAAAGUUGCCUUUUUAUAUUUGAAGAUAGUUUUAAAAAAAAAAUCUUGUUUCUAAUGUUUUUGUAGCAUGUUAUUAUGUGGAAAUAAAAUUGUUUCCCUAAAGCUGUUAAAUCUGUUGGAACCACAUCCUGUGAGAAGGCAAUUAACAAUUGAAUCUGUUGGGUUCAUCAAGGUCUGAGAAGAUGCCAAGUUUUAUUAUAAAGCUUAUUUUUAUUAAAUACAUUUUAAUAAGACUGACACGUCUGUAUCAAUUGCUUUAAUACCUGUACAAAUUCUAGUAUUAUACAAAUUCAGUUCAACAAAACAUAUAAUAGCCAUCCUGGUGAUACAACCUCUGUAAUGCAAGCAGUUGAAGUAGUGGGAUGGGUUUUGGAACAUGUGCAGCAUCUGCACAAAGGGAAAUAGGCCUUUCGCCCCUGUGGUUUAAGUUUAAGUUGCCUUAAUAAAUGUUCCCUGUUGUGAGAUGUUUUGGAUUAGUUUGUUAGUUUACAGGACUGUAAAAUUGCUUGUACUGUAUAUUGUGUGCCAGAUAUAUGCAUAUUUUCUCAUUAUUAUUAUUAUUAUAUAUAUAUUUUUUGGGGGGAGGGUGGUAAUUGUGGUCAUUCAAAAUAAAAAAAUAAAAUAAUAAAAAUAAAAAAACCUACAAACUGCAGAAAUCAUGAAUUAAUUGAAUACAUUAGGGUGUGCCAGAAGAUAAUCUGCAACAUUACUUACGCAGGCAAGUCCAAUCAUAAUUUGUUUCAUGGUAAUGCCAGCAGACUCCAAUUCUGUUUAAUGAAAUAUGAAGCAAUACCGCUGGUUUUCAUUUAAGAUGGGCACUGGUAGAAUAUUUGGACCCAGCUAGCAUUAAUAAGUCAGAUACCAUGACCCUUUAAGUUUUUUACCGUUCUGUUUUUAUUUUACCAGGAAAAUGUAAUUGAAACAUAACUUCUCAGUUACAAGGGUAUCCUGGGUGCAUCACAGUAUGCAACCGCAGCAUACAGUUAUUAUACAAUCAUUUUAUACAAUCAGACAUGAUGGAAAUAAAUGAAAAUAGCAGUUCAAUAAAAAAAAAAAAAGUUUCAACCUAUCAUUAGAUGAUGCUUGCA